AUGGGCUCUCCUAUUUCUUCUGUAAUUGCCAACAUCUUCAUGGAGUAUUUUGAAAAAGAGGCCCUCAGGAAAACACCUAAGAAACUAGAAGUUUGGUUCCGUUAUGUAAACGACACAUUCGUGAUAUGGAGACACGACAGAGUCGAACUCCGUAAAUUCUUUAUUUUCCUCAACAAUCAACACCCAAAUAUCCACUUCACUAUAGACAUAGAGGAAAACGGAAAACUCCCCUUUCUAGAUGUUCUUGUCUCUAAGGAAGCUGAUAGAAAACACACACAGAUAGAUACCUACAUGCCGAGUCGCCAUCACCCAUUACAGAAACAGUCUGCAAUCAACUCACUUGUACAUAGAGCUUUCUCCAUCUCUGACAAAGAACAUCUACAGACAGAACUCAACUACUUAAAACUAGCCUUACAGAAAAACGGACACAACAAAAAAGACAUAAUUAAAACUAUCAAUAAACAUGCAAACAAAACAACGGUCUCUGACACACAACUAGACAAUAAGAUUCUAUCCAUUCUCCUAUAUAUCAAAGGAACAACAGAUCAGAUUGGCAGGAUACUAAACAAACACAAUAUCCGAAUUAUCUUUAAAUCAUCCAAAAAGAUAGGACAAAUCUUAAGAAGAUCCUAA